UUCGCUGUACAAUUUUUACUAAAUAUUAAUUUGAAUAUAAAAACAUAAUCAAUAUUAACCGGAUUGGUCAGUAAUUAGAAAAAUUUCAUUAAUAAUAAUCGACAAUAUAUUGGAAUACUAUAAAAUUUCAAAAUGAAAUAUUCAAUUGUUAUAAUUUUUAUAACAAUACAACUUUUUAAUGGCAUUCAAUCGAACGAUGCUCCAUCGAAAGUACAUCCAUGUGAUUUAGUACGUUGUUUUAGCGCUACAAAUUGCCCAAUUGGUACACAUUUACAAGUAGCUAAUCGUGAUGAGGGACAUUGUUGUAAUACUUGUGUGCCUGCUGCAAGCGGGGAAAACCGAAGGAAACGUGAAGUGAAUUGUGAGGGAAUUCAGUGUUCAAUGCCAAAAUGUGGAGAUGGGUAUAAGUUAGUCUACCCGAAUCGAAAAGAAGCAUGUUGUCCUUAUUGUGAAAAAGUCGCAAAUAACCGAAGAAAACGUGCAUUAAAUUGUGAUGGAGUUCAGUGUUCACCAGUAAAAUGUGAAAAUGGAUUUGUAGAAGUAUUUAACAAGGAAAAGCAAUGUUGCCCUUCUUGUGAAAAAGUACCCGAUACAGGUUCAGUCGUUUCCAGAUUGGGAUAAAAAUGUUAACAUUUGAUGUAUGGGUCCACUUUCUAGUGCAGCAACUCUUGCUGCAGUGAACUGAAUGCCACACAUAUUUGAAAUGUAAUUACAACACAGAAAUAUUGCUUUUUAAUUUUUUUUUUA